UGAAUUUUGCCGCCAGUACUGUUACGGAGCGGGAAAAAUUCAAAUGCCCGUUGUGCGAGCGCCAGUGUUUGAAGGACCAAUAAGAUGUCGCCGCGAGUUCUGUACACUUACAUGAGUACUCAGAUGGUUAAUAAAGUAUUCUAGAGGACAGUGUGUGAGAGAGGAAGGGGAAGAUAAAAUAAAAAAAGUAUAUAACCGGAAAUGGCGGAGCGUGAUUGAUUUGAUAAAAUUAAAUCUGUGAUGUGUGUGUGUUAUCACUAGUCCCCGGGCACUCUCAAAGUCGCAUGAUAAUGUCAUCGAGCACAUGGAGGAGAUUAUUGAUUAUCUAUUGUUACUAUGAUAAUAUUAUUAUUAAAUUGUGUAAUGAGAGAAAUAUGAUACUGCUCGUGCCGCAAUUUAUGUUGUCGCGCUGACAGUGCGUUGGUCGUCGUUGCUAACAGUAAUAUAGACAAGUAGUUUUUUUUUAGUUGCUCCGGUAUUUGGAUCUGAGACUGAAAAGUUAAAUCGUUGGUUCAUCAAGAUGAUAAAGUUUCGGCUGUGAUGACUUGAGGGUGGAGGUGAAGAUUUAUUGGAAAAGAGUUGAAAAAUAAUUACAGCCUCGUGGGGGUUUUAAGAUACAGCGCCAUGGGUAUGAGUUUUUUUUUCUUGGUUUAGUUUAACGACCGCCCCCGUGUCCAUGCAGCGAAAGUGAUGAGAGAGUGAUAGUGCGACGAGGUUCGAGGAACUAGAGAAAAGUGUUUAAAUAAAGUGAGAUUUACUGCUAGUGCCUAGUUUUAUUAUUAUGAAUUAUAAAUAUAUUAUAGACAGUAUAAUUAUAAAUAGAUAUUGAUAAUUACUAAUCACUUGACAUCACACAUGACGAAAUUACCUUUUUAAAUUAACAGUAUAAUAAAUUAUGACGUUAGACAAUAAAUUUAUUAACUAAAUUCAAUAAUCUGAUAGAAAAAGUAUAAAAUUUUAGAUAUAGACACUGUAGAUAGUAGAGUGUUGACAAUAAAGUAAAAAUAAACUAUCAAGAUGGACGAGUGCAUGUUGAAUGAUCUGCUGGAGUGCUCCGUUUGUCUUGAGAGGUUGGACACCUCGAGCAAAGUCCUGCCAUGUCAGCAUACCUUCUGCAAAAAAUGCCUCGAGGAAAUAGUCAGCACGCAUCGGGAACUGAGGUGUCCAGAAUGCCGCGUGCUGGUGGAUGCAAAGGUGGACGAUUUGCCGCCCAAUGUUUUGUUGAUGAGGAUACUGGAGGGUAUGAGAAAUGCGACUCCAAAAAGUGCUAAACCCUAUGCUCGAACAACAACAGGACCGCAGAGACUUUUUGGCGGUCAUCAGGUGACACCAACGCCCGCUGCUGUCACCACGACCAUGGCACCAGUUGUCCUUGCAGCUGAUCCAGCAAGACACGCAAAUGCUUCCGCUAAGCAGGUGCACCUUCAUAACCAACCCUACGGCCGGGCUAUUUAUGAUUACAUCUCAAAAGUCCCGGGAGAUUUGAGCUUUAAAAAGGGAGAUAUUGUGAUUUUAAGAAAGAAAAUUGAUAAUAAUUGGUAUUUUGGUGAGUGUGGAAAUAAUCAUGGCGUGUUUCCGCUCUCUUAUGUCCAGGUGAUGACUCCUUUGCCGCCGCAUGUUCCACAGUGUAAAGCCUUGUACGAUUUUAGAAUGACUAAUGAUGAAGAGGACGGAUGCCUUACGUUCAACAAAGGUGAAGUAAUUAGUGUAAUACGAAGAGUCGACGAGAAUUGGGCAGAAGGAAAAUUGCUGGAUCGUAUUGGAAUUUUCCCGCUGGCUUUUGUUGAGUUAAAUAGUGUUGCACGAGCUCUGAUGAAGUUGUCGACAAAUGUGCAGCCAGGGCCGUCGAGAGUUGCACCGCCGACUCCAACGAAUGAAGAAACAACACCGCUGAUACCAACAGACCAUACGAGAAAUGUCCAGACGACCAGCAGUCAACCUCAGCGGCCACAAACGGCACCAGCGGCUGUGCUGCCUGUGUCCGAUUCGAGCUCAACAGUUUCCUCUGGCGGCAGCUCCACUACCACUACUCCAAAUACACCAAAUAGUUCGACGACCUCAAGCAGCUCUAGUACCGCACCAAGCAGUCCCAGUAGUCCGGCCACUUCCCCACCAGCUGUCGGCGGUAGACACAACGCUAAACGUCACAGUUUUACGGCUGUUAAUACUGGACACCAUCCACAUCCUCAUCACAGACACAGCGCUGAAAUUUUAAGUCCACCGGCAACUGAACAAAAUCUCUGCGGAAGUAGUAAUAAUGCUGCAAAUACCACUGAGACAUUCGCUCCGUCACAACCAACCACAGGAACUCAAGAACACAAUUUACGUCAUCGUAGGAGUGGCAGCAGUGAUCUUGUCCUCUCUCAACCCUCUUCAAGUUUACCUAUUGCUAAUUCUACGACAAAUUUACCAGCUGCCUAUGUUGCUCUCUAUCCAUACAAACCUCAGAAAGCUGACGAACUCGAGUUACGUAAAGGAGGUAUUUAUAUGGUGACUGAACGUUGUCAAGACGGCUGGUUCAAGGGUACAUCAAAUCGUACACAAAAGUGUGGAGUUUUUCCGGGUAAUUAUGUUACACCUGCUAAAUGUCAACGGGGAAUUUGUCGAGUUACUUUAACGACGACACAUCAGACUGCGACCCUGACAACUGCCCAGGCAACAAAUGAUUCACGAAUGACUAUCAGCUAUACUAAGAACAAAGGUGCAACAGCACAGCCGUACAGUCCUCGUUCUCUUCCACCUCCAGAGUUACCACCACGUGCAGUAAGUCCUUCACCAGCUGUAUCAGCAUCUUGGCACGGUCAGGGACAAGGACAAAGCCCUCCACGGCUUGCUGAGCAAGCUGCUGCCAAUCCACUUGGCCGUAGUCACAGUGCUGUGAUGUCAUCUAAUAUUGCUUCACCAGGCAAAACAAUGCUAUCGCCACCAUCAAAUGUGAUCUCACCGGCGACUACAAGCUCCGACAUUAAUCGAAGUCCAAGCAAUACUCUCAGAGUAACCGGUGGUGUAACACCGCCUCCUAAUGUUUCAGUUUCCGCCGCCGCUGCUGCAGCCACAACUCCCACCGCUUCCAAGUCCAGCGAAAAAGCAAAGCCAAAAGAAAAGAAAGAAAAAGGUGUUUCACUAAUGCGCCGUUUAACAAACAUAAAAAAAUCAAAAUCUCCACCUCCCGCGACUUACUCAAUGGACAAUCCAGUCUUUGAGGAUGGAAACUUUGUGGCUUCUUCAGACGCCGUACACGUACGAUCGGGAUCAUGCCCGAGUCAGUUGUUAGAAGUCGGGUCAAGUCAAGAAAGAACGAGUCCCAGUAAUCAGCAGCGCUUACAUCCAGGAACUGUCCAAGGAACAUUGACGACAUCACAAAGAGCUAAACCUAAGGAACGGCCCUCAUUGCCUAUUACCUUUCUACCGAGAUCUGGAGAAGCUGGAGUAAUAGCAGCGAAUCAUCAUCGCAAAAGCAACUCCCUGGAUGCUGGAAUGGGAAAGCAGAGCAAACAGCAGCCGACGAUGCGUGAACGAGAACGUGUAAACAGAUUCCGUUGCAUCGUACCUUAUCCGCCGAACAGCGAAUUCGAGCUGGAGCUGAGAAUCGGUGAUAUUAUUUACGUUCACAAAAAACGUGAUGACGGAUGGUACAAAGGUACUCAGCAGCGCACUGGACGCACUGGACUAUUUCCGGCGAGCUUCGUUGAAGCUUUCUGAGAUACAACUCAAGGUCGUCUUGUCUUGGAGACUUGCAUUUAGAUCAAGUCUUCUUAAGAAAAGACAACCUCAGCUCCUUUUUAUUUGUUUAUAUUUUUUAUUUCAAUACAUCACUAAUUAUUUACUAGUGAUUUACUAUAAUUACUAUUAAUAUUAUAAUUAUUAUUAUUAUUAGGAAAGAAAUAAUUAAUUGCAUCACAAUUGACUGAGAUAAAUGAGAUACUAAACUGCCAUGGGUAAAAAAAAAAAAUAUUAAAUAAAAUUAGUAAGCAGAACGAGAAAUUAUAUAUUUAUUGACUCGUAUAUGCUGAAUUUGCGUGCAAUGUAUUAUAACUGCCAUUGGUGUGGUUCAAAUUUUUGUUCUGGUUGUUUUUUAUAGCAAAAUAUUAAAUUAAAUUAAAUAAUUAAUAAUGAUAACAAAUAUUAGUAUUGUUAUUGUUAUUAUUAUUAAGUAAAAUUUAAUAAGCUAAAAUAUGUUGACUCAGCAAUUUUUAAAUAUAAUAUUAUAGCUGAAAGUUGGUAAUUUAAUUGCUGAGAUAGACAAAAAAUUAAAUAUUUAAAAACAAUUUACCGCGUAUGACGCUGGUUUAGUUUUAAAUAUUUAAAAUAAUGUAUACCGAUAAGACUAAUUUCAUUGAGACUUAUAAAUGCCAUUUGUAUAGUUAGGAGUAUAGAUAACAAAAUAACUCGCUUUAUUUUAUCAUCACAUCUCUUUUUAUUGUUACCGCUUACGUAGAAAUUGACUGAAAUCAUUUUCUUUUUAUCGGUUUUAAAAACGAAUAGGAACGUCCUCAUUAGGAAACCUCUAAACUCGAAAUUUUUCAGUUUUUUGUUAGCAAUUGUCAUAUAUUUUACAUGAAUAUGAGUGAUAAAUAAAUUUUUUUAACCCAUUUUCUUGUUCUAUGUUUUAUGUUUCUAUAAGUAUAGAGACUUUUAUAUGACUAAUUGAAUGUUUAUGAACUCUCAAGUUUUUAGAGACGUCACAAAUUUUUUUUCGUCCAAUCUUUUGUAUUAUAAACUAGAAAUGCAUUUCUUAAGGUUGCAUUAUAAAUUGUAAAAAUAUUUAUGACUUUUAAAGACACUAAUAAUUGGGUAUUUUGCCUUAAGGUAUGAGCUCGGUAUGCAUUUAUUUAUAAUGUAUAAGUUGUAAAAGUUGUUGCACGUAAACCGUUGUCUCAAAAAAAAAAAUUUUAAGAGACCAAUCUUAGAAAAAUUAAAGCGAAUAAUUUUUUUAUGCACAUUAGUAGAGAAUAUUAAAUUCUCAACUAGUUCUUCUCUCUCUAUAUAUUUUGCAUGUCUAAAUGUAUUUUUUUAGUCGAAAAAAAUAGCUGGUUCUUUUUUUUGUGAGUAAAAUUUUAAAAAGGAGUUAGUAAGUUUGCUACUAAGGACGUCGAUGUCUCAUUACUUUUUUUAAUUUUUUCUAACGCUUGUGUUCAAAUGAUAUCGUAUUUUAUCAGCUGCCGUGACCUUUACUAUUACUUUUUAUAACUUUUAUUUUAUAUUUUUUAUUCGCAUUUAAUUAUCUAAAGUUAAAGAGUAAAGAAUAAAAUUUUUAUACAUUUUUUUUUACAUAAAUAUUUUUAAAAAUAAAAUCCCAGCACAUAAAAUAUAAAUAAAAUUUUAUUUAUUUAUCCGGUAUUAAAGUGCUUCCAGUGUUCAGUGGACAGUAUUUCCAUUAACUUUUAUUUCUACUCUUCUUUAUUAAUCAAUAAUACAAAAUUUUUUUUUAAAUUUCAUUACAUGACGUAAGCACACAAUUUUAUUACUGCAAUUACUAGCGUACUUAUCACUCAUACUUUACAUUUCUAUUUCUAUCUAUUUUUUUUAUUAUUAAUAAUGAGUGUAAAUGCAGUAGGCAU